CGGCCACGCGGUCCCCGGCUCGCGGCUCCCAAUGCGCCCGCUCGGCCUCGUCUACACUCUGGUCUGCGCCAACUUUUGCAGCUAUCGGGACGCGUCUGCAGCCCCGCAGAGCGCAUCCAUCAAAGCUCUGCGCAACGCCAACCUCAGGCGAGAUGACAGCAAUCACCUCACAGACUUGUACCGAAGAGACGAGACCAUCCAGGUGACGGGAAACGGCCACGUGCAGAGUCCUCGCUUCCCCAACAGCUACCCCAGGAACCUGCUGCUGACGUGGCGGCUCCGGUCGCGGGACAAGACAAGGAUACAGCUCGCCUUUGACCAGCAGUUUGGGCUGGAGGAAGCCGAAAAUGAGAUCUGCAGGUAUGAUUUUGUGGAAGUCGAAGAUGUAUCUGAAACCAGUACCAUAAUUAGAGGACGGUGGUGUGGACACAAGGAAGUUCCUCCAAGGAUAACAUCAAGAACAAACCAAAUAAAAAUAACAUUCAAGUCCGAUGACUACUUCGUGGCUAAACCUGGAUUCAAGAUUUAUUAUUCCAUUGUGGAAGAUUUCCAACCCGCAGCAGCCUCAGAGACCAACUGGGAGUCAGUCACAAGCUCUAUCUCAGGGGUAUCCUAUCACUCUCCAUCAGUAACGGACCCCACCCUCACGGCGGACGCCCUGGACAAGACAGUCGCAGAGUUUGAUACUGUGGAAGACCUACUCAAGCACUUCAAUCCAGAGUCAUGGCAGGAAGACCUUGAGAAUCUCUAUUUGGACACUCCCCAUUAUCGGGGCAGGUCCUACCACGACAGGAAGUCAAAAGUCGACCUGGACAGGCUCAAUGACGACGUCAAGCGCUACAGCUGUACUCCCAGGAAUUAUUCCGUCAACUUAAGAGAGGAGCUGAAGCUGACGCAUGUGGUCUUCUUUCCCCGCUGCCUCCUCGUGCAGCGCUGUGGGGGCAACUGUGGCUGUGGGACCGCGAACUGGAAAUCCUGCACGUGCAGUUCUGGGAAGACUGUGAAAAAGUAUCAUGAGGUGUUGAAGUUCGAGCCGGGCCAUUUCAAGAGGAGGGGCAGAGCAAAGCACAUGGCUCUCGUCGACAUCCAGCUGGACCAUCACGAGCGCUGCGACUGUGUCUGCAGCUCAAGACCGCCUCGAUAAAGGGGUGUGCACACACUUACCCUGAGCACGAAUGAAUCCGUAGUUUGACGGGGGUGUGGCGAGAGACCCUUUUCCUCCCAGCCACCGAACUUAACUACUAGCCUGCAAAGCAAUGAAUACAAGUGGUUGCUGAGUUUCAACCCAGCUUGGUUAGCCGUGGCAAGUAGCAAGGUAUAUCGUCAACGUCUAUAGCCCAGAAUAUAGGAUUGCAGCCAAUAAUAGUGUCAGAGAAUCCGUACACAUACAUACACAUACGGUCAUACUCUUCACGUCUCUGUGUCAAUACAUCAAACGGUUUAUUCCGCGUCUACAACGAGGUCCACCAGAGCUGAAGCAUGGUGGCGUCAUUUAGACCCUUAAAAAUCUUUUGACAAAUUCAGGGACAUAUUAAAUACAGGAAACGUGACCUUGGAAGAUUCAGAAGAUUAUUUAGGUUAUUUUAAAAUUUGAAUCACAAAACCAUCUUGGAGCUUGCUCUUUUAAAGAAAGCACCUUGUAUAUUAAAAACCAAUAAAUGAGCUUUUGUUAUAUAUACAUCUUAACUAUAAAGAAAAAAAAGGAAAACUAUGGAUUCUGGGACAGAGGCACCGACCUAACCAUGUUUCCCAUGGGACACACUACGUGCUUCCUAGGUAGACAAUACUUGCCCGUCUCCAGAAGCAUGCCAUAAUAAUACAGAUGCUUUAGAAAGUGAGUCAUUGAGUCUUUUUGUGCAUCUUGCUGAGGCAUGCAAAUUCAUUGAACACCUGUCUCCAAAAAAUUUCUCAGAAGGUUUAUUAUUAUAAUCCUCCCAGAGACAGUUUAUUAACUGUAGCAGAAAUCUGAAUUGUUUCCUUCUGGAAAACACCUCCACAGAAAUAACUCCUUUGGAAAACGGCAUGGGGACGCUGUAUGACCCUUCCCAACUAGUGUUCGUUGAAAGACUUGGGUAGUUGAAAGUAAGAACAGUGAACAUAGAGACAGUAAUGGAACUGGAAAUCGGAUAGAGUAUUUGAUUGGGUCCUUAAUAAUAAUGGAUCCAAACCUCUCCAAACUAUGCCAGUCCAUUUUAUGUCUCUUGCGUUCAUGCUCCCGUCUCUCUGAUACACAAACGUGGAUUUAUAACGGCAUUUAAAUUUGGCAAACAUCCUGAAUUAUUUAUAGCCUAAAAGCUUUCCUGUAUUAAAACCACCCGGUUUUAUUGAUGUAACUUCCUAAUCGUACCCUCACUCACCAUUCUGAAUUCCUUUUUCUGAGCUAAGUGGAAUCAGGUCUGGAGUCUGUGGUUCUCUCCAGAUCUGCGGAGCUCAUUCUUAGAAGGCUGUCCUGCAAGUUACAGGGACACAAAUUUGGCCUUGCUCCACCGCUAGAAACCUUGAGUUCGGAUCGGCGGUCUUCUCAUUUUUCCCUCCCAGGCUCCCCAAUGUCUAUUAGAAAGGAGACUGAGUCCCGGAGUAGGAAGCAAUUCAUCAUUCUCCAGGCUCAAGACAGAGAGAAACACUGAAAUCCGGAGAGCCCCAGGGCCACUCGGAGAGAGUCCCACUUUUCUUGCUGCCUGGAAACAAAAAAAGGAGAGCCGACUUCUCCCGUGAGUCUAGGGCCCUAGUGACCAGGACCGGUUUGAGUGAGGGGUGUGUGACGUGGGCUGCGCCAGCCCAGUGCUCAGGCGCGGGGUCGAAAUACACCUGGACUUCAAAGCAUGGACCACCUUCCCCACCGUCCUCACUCGUAGCCUCCUUCCCUCUCAGCUCUAGGAGACGAAGGCCAUUGCUUAUUGACGAUGUGAAAGUGCUCCAGAAGCACCCAGUGUUCUCGCCGCGGAGGGGUGAGGGCGAGAAUCCCUGCCUUCUUUAGUUGCCCAGAAUCCCAGAGCACAGUCAGAAAUGUCCCAAGCAGACACCCUCCCGGUCAGGGACCUGCUGGUCCCCUUCACGGCCACGUGGAAGUUCACCGUGAAAACAUCAGCUUGGGUGCCCAGAUCAAAUGUGUGUCCCCGACUGUGGCCUGUGCCGCUCACGCCGUCGUGGAAGUGUGAAAGAUGAGAGUGUUCUCCCCGGUUUUCAAUAAACCUUCCAGGCUGCAAUAACUGGGAUGGUUUUCGGUUAAAGCCCUAUCUGUGCUCUUUAUUUAUUAGCUGAAAUGAAAGCAGGCAUAUUCGCUCACUUUCCUUUCUUCUUUCCUGAGUGUUUUAUUAAAACGUCUCCCUUGGUUAUCUGUUAUCUGUUGCACUUGCAACGUGUAGCCAAUAAAUCUGUUCCAUUGCCAUCCGAGGAAUAGAAAAGCUCGCCAUACAAAUUACAUUUCAAAACAAACCCUAAUAAAUCCGCAUUUCUGCAUGGCUCGCUCACCUGGAAUAAUGCCUUUCAUUCACUACGUUCUUAUGGGGCAGAACACUUUCAUAAGCAGGAUUGGUUGUGUU